AUGUUUCCUGCAAAGCGGCGCAAACUCAGCCCGAGUCCGGAUGAAUCAGCCUCUAUCCAUGCAGACUCACAGGAUAUGUCUCAAGUCACAAAAAACACGGAGGAUGACAGUGUGACGGUCGCCGCGAGAGCGGCCGAAAACGAUGCAGAACAAACCGCAGCCGAGCUAGUAACGAAAGAGACGGCCUCGUCCAGCGGUGCUUCCGCGAUCAAAACUCCCUCAAUGACAAGUGCAGGCAGACUCGCCCGUUUCGCAGCGCUUAAAUCCCGAGCAAUAGCAUCUGCAAAGUCAAAUCUUGCUGAAGCAAAGGCAGAAGCCAAUCGUGCAGCCAUUGACCCCAGCGUUCUUGCAAGCCUGAGCAGAAAAUCCGCAAUCGCGUCUCAUAAUCUGCUCAAAGCCGAUACCGAAGAGGAAGAAGGCCAAGGUGCGUUCGAGCGCAAACGUGCUUGGGACUAUACCAUCGAGGAAAGCGAGAGAUGGGAUGAACGCAUGGAAAGGAAGAAAGCCGCGCGAGAAAACAAUGCUUUUCAGGACUACAACGCCGAAGCAAGCAAAAUUUAUGAUCGUCAAAUGCGAGAACUAGAGAAAGGCUCCCUCAAGGACGGGGACAGGAUUCGAGCAGAGUAUGAACAACAAAAAGCAGAAAUGCUAGAAAAUGCGACCCGAACAGGUGGGCUUGAAAUCGUGGAAAUGGAGAAUGGCGAACUUGUCGCUAUCGACAAAGACGGGCGAUUCUACGCAGACUAUGACAGUACGGGGUUCGUUGAGCAGAAGCCCAAACGUGAAAAUGUCGAUCGAUUGGUAGCAGACUUGAAGAAGGCGGAGGAGGCCAGAUUCAAGAAGCGACGUGAGAGAGGACGAGACACAGAUGAAGGGGAUGUCACUUAUAUCAACGACAAGAAUAAGCAAUUCAAUCUCAAACUGGCAAGGUUUUACGAUCGGUAUACCUCUGACAUAAGGGAUAGCUUUGAGAGAGGGACGGCGAUCUGA